UAGGGUACUUACGGUGUUACGGCAUGGGAUUGGUGAGAGCUGCAUGUGUGGUUCUUAUCAGAAGUAUAACUCUUUCAAGCAUGGCGCAGCACAAAUUCAUCGAUAUCGGGGUGAACCUGACCGAUCCCAUGUUCAGAGGAGUCUACAGAGGGAAGCAGAAACACGACGACGACUUCGAUCAGAUCAUUGACCGAGCUCUCAGAACAGGAGUCCAAAAGUUUAUGAUCACCGGGGGCAACCUUGAAGACAGCAAAGAGGCUCUGAAACUGGCCGAGACCCGAGAUGAGUUCUACUGCACGGUGGGCUGCCAUCCCACCCGCUGCGGAGAGUUUGAGCAGAACGGAGAACCCGAGUACUUGUCGGGGCUCAGGGAGCUGGCUGCAGCCCACAGAGGAAAGGUGGUGGCCAUCGGAGAGUGCGGACUCGAUUUCGACAGAUUGGAAUUUUGCCCAAAAGAGACCCAACUCAAAUACUUUGAGAAGCAGUUCGACCUGGCCGAGGAGACCAGGCUGCCCAUGUUCCUCCACUGCAGGAGCUCCCACCAGGAGUUCAUCGACAUCAUGAGGAGAAAUCGAGAGCGAUGUGUUGGAGGAGUGGUGCACUCAUUCGAUGGGACGGCCGAGGACGCCGCCGCCCUCAUUGACCUGGACCUCUACAUUGGCAUAAACGGAUGUUCCUUGAAAACAGAGGCCAAUAUUAAAGCCAUGAGGUCUAUCCCCACUGAGAGACUCAUGAUAGAAACAGAUGCUCCGUGGUGCGGCGUGAAGAACACUCAUGCCGGCUCCAAACAUGUAAAAACUACAUUUCCCACGAAGAAGAAAUGGGAGGCGGGCCACUGUCUGAAGGACAGGAACGAGCCGUGUCACAUCAUACACGUUCUAGAGGUGAUGGCAGCAGCGAGGGAGGAGGACCCGGAGGAGCUGGCCAACGCCGUCUACAACAACACCACCAAAGUCUUCUUCAGCUGAUGGACCACGUGUGUGUGUGUGUGUGUGUGUGUGUGUGUGUGUGUGUGUGUGUGUGUGU